UGUCUAUAAAGUUUAAAGUUAAAAAUAAUAAUAAUAAAGGAGGGCAUUUGGGGAAAACAAGUGGGUUGAUUGCCUGAAAUAACAGGAUUGCCUGGAGGUUUGGGAACUGGUGAGGUGAGGUGGAGGGAAAGGAUGCAUCCGCAAGGAAUUAGAAUCCGUGCUGUGCGCGCGCGGGAGACAUCUCAAGAAUGUAUAAGCAGGGAAAGAUGUGCAGAAGAAAAGUGCAUUUUCCUUCGCAAGUCCAAGUGGACUAUGCAUCGGCUUCCUCUGUAACAGUCCUCAGUGCAUUCCUUUUGAAGUCACAAGGAAUAAAGGCUAAAUCUGGCCAGAGCGAGUUUGGUUGCUUUGUACAUCGAAAUAUAGAGGUUCACGUUGUACAGGUAAGAGUAAGUGGUGAAUUCUACAUCUUUUCAAAAACACCACGUAAACACAGAUUUGUGUAGAUCGUGCAUUGGAACAGAUGGAUAAUGGAGACUGGGGAUAUAUAAUGACUGAGCCGAUCACUCUAAAUGUGGGUGGACACUUGUACACAACAUCGCUUACAACUCUUACGAGAUAUCCUGAUUCGAUGUUGGGGGCCAUGUUCAGGGGCGAUUUCCCGACUGCCAGAGAUUCUCAGGGCAAUUACUUCAUUGACCGAGAUGGGCCUCUUUUCCGGUACGUUCUCAACUUUCUACGAACCUCAGAGCUAACUCUACCGUUGGAUUUUAAGGAAUUUGAUCUGCUUCGGAAAGAGGCAGAUUUUUACCAGAUCGAGCCCUUAAUACAAUGUCUGAAUGAUCCUAAACCUUUGUAUCCUGUGGAUACUUUCGAAGAGGUAGUAGAGUUGUCUAGUACACGCAAACUAUCAAAGUACUCCAACCCGGUGGCAGUGAUCAUCACACAGCUAACCAUCACAACCAAGGUCCACUCCUUGCUGGAAGGCAUUUCCAACUAUUUCACCAAGUGGAAUAAGCACAUGAUGGACACCAGGGACUGCCAGGUUUCUUUCACAUUUGGGCCCUGCGAUUACCACCAAGAAGUCUCGCUCAGAGUCCACCUGAUGGAGUAUAUAACAAAGCAAGGCUUCACCAUCCGAAACACGAGGGUCCACCACAUGAGUGAACGAGCCAAUGAAAACACAGUCGAGCACAACUGGACUUUCUGCAGGCUGGCGCGGAAAGUGGAUGAUUGAUUUUCUGUUCGUUCUCUUGUUUUUAAUUUUCAAGAAGAUGACCCAGCAUCCCCGGAACAAUGUAUUACGAAUCAGUCUGGCUUUGUCUAAAACGGUAUUGGAGGCUUUCUGUUCUUAUUUUGCUAUGAAUAUUUAUUAUUGGUUUUUAAAGAUUGGAGAGUGGACAUGUGUUGGACUCUUCUGUCUUUUGUCUCGUGAUAUGCAUGUGGCUGCUCUAAUAUUAUGACUUUUUAAAAACAAAGGAUACACAAGAGGGCAUCCUUUAAAAACAUGGCAGAUGAUCACAUUAUAACGUUUUUGUUUUGUUAUGGUCAUUGACCACAAUAUAGAAUGCUAAAAAUCAGUCUUCAGGUUCAAACUGUGUUUAAUCCAUCUCCUUAUGAUUACAACUUCUGGGAACAAGAGUUAAAGGGUUAAAUAAGAAGUUAAAGCUGGAGAAAUUCCUUCUGGAUUGUCCCCAGAAAUGGCUAUGGUGCUUUUGGAGAUGAAAUACUACCAUCAUGUAAUCUAACAUUGUUUUUCCUUAAAUCAGUGAGUGAACAGUAUUAUAACAAUUUAGUUACCAACAAACCUCCAUUGUUUUUAUUUUCCAAAAUGCAGCAUUUUGCAGUUAUGGCAACUGUUCCUUUUUAUGCAUUAUAAAUCAAGCAACCAAAUAUUAUAUCUGCACAAUUAGAAGUAUUCAUAUUGGAUUCUGAAUGCAAAUCCAUCCUGUGGUAGAAAUCCUUAUUUUUUUAAUGCCAUGUGCAAUAUUAUUUCCAAAUGUAAUGCUUUUCAACAAACGCUAAUAAAACACAGUCUGGAAAUUAUAUUUGCAAGCUGUUUGUUCCUAGGACAUGUAAGAAUGGCAAAGGAAAGAACAUUUAAAAUAGGGACAGUACUUAAAAUUAUUGGCAGGGCUUUUCAAAGCAUUUGUAAAUGGAAAGUAGGCUGGACAAUGCAAAUGACAUUUUCUUAGAAUAGGAACCAAUAUGCCGUACCUCCUGUUCUGCUCUCCACCCCAUCUGAUAAUUAAAUGAGAAGUUUGCAUGCUAUACAAAGCCCUACUCUCUGGUGUAGCGUUUGUUCCCUAGGGGGCCUUUGGCCUCAUGUAAAGCAUUCUUAGAAAAUGAAGUGGGUUGGGAUGCAGGGAGCAGAAAUUGGUUGCAGAAGCAACUUCAUUUUUUGCGUUCUGAUAAAUUCCAUUUUUGCUAUGCCAUUUAGAGCAAUUGUUUCAUGAAUAUAUCUUUCCAUGGAAAUCCUUUGUUGACAAUGUCCCCAAA